ACUUUAAAAACAAUAAAACAUACAUACCAUGGGCGAUUCUUAAAAAUUAAUACAUUGUAAAGCUAUUUUGCAGGCUCUCCAUUUCCAAGGGAUCCCCAGGCCUGCUGGAAAAACCAUGUCUUGAGAGACUUGGGGAAGACCAAUAGGGUUGGGGCUAACCUCACCUGCGGGGGUGGGGGAUGAUGUUCCAAAUUGAGGAUAGUGGUUAAAAAAAUCUGUCAAAUAGAAAGAAAGGAUAGAUGUUGAUUGUUAUCAGUCCAGAGUAUUUAGUUACCUUCCAGAUGUUGGACCAGCUCCCAUCAUCCCUAAUUAUUGGCAUGCUGUGUUAGGCUUGAGAAUUGUGGUUUAACAAUAUGUGAAGGUCCAAGGUCCUCAGUCUAAUCGUCUGCUGAUUUUUCCAAUCUGUAUUAGGUUCCCUGAGUUGGUUUUAGGAUUUCCUAUGGCUGAAGCCAAAAGAUGGAGCCUCCUGAAGUUACCAUAAUUGAAGGUGUGGGAGAUGAAGUGACAGUGGUGGCUGGUAUAGUGGUUCUUAUUAUGGCCCUCGUCCUGGCCUGGCUCUCUACGUAUGUUGCAGAUGGUAGUAGUCAUCUUCUAGGAACUAUCAUGGCCAGUGGAGAUUCAUCAGUGAUUCAUCUGAAUCCCAUUGAAAACUAUGUGGGAAAUCCCGUUUCCGAACAGUCUGAGCCUCAGGAUACUACUGAAGAUACUGAAGAGAAGGCAGAUGAAGGUUCUGCUUCUGGCACAGGUCCUACGGUGGAGCAAGCUGAUAAUAGCAGUGGCUCUGAUGCUGCUUUAGACUGUCUGUUGGACAUUCAGAGUCUGCCACAAAGGACCUUUUCUGUAGAUGGUGUUUCCCAGGAAAACCAGGGAGUUCAGCAAACAGUAGCCAACAUGGAGGAGAGCGAGCCAAACCCAGGCUUCAUCAAAGUGCGUCUCAAAUUCCUCAAUGAUACAGAAGAAGUAGCUAUUGUAAAGCCAGAAGAUACCAUAGGCAUACUGAAGAGCAAAUAUUUCCCAGGCCAGGAAAGUCAGAUGAAAUUUAUCUACCAGGGUCAGCUUCUCCAGGACCAGGCACGGACUCUGCAGUCCCUCAACAUUCUGGACAAUUGUGUAAUCCACUGUCAUCUCUCCCAGACGGUUUCUGCCAUGCCUGAUACUGUAGUAGCGCCAUCGGAAACUGGGGGUAUUACUUUGAGCAUGGGUGACUUGAUGAUUCCCAUUUUUAUGCUGAUGCUGGCAGUCAUCUGGUAUUUCCGCAUCAACUACCGCCAGUUAUUCACAGCGCCUGCCACCAUUUCCUUGGUUGGGGUGACUGUAUUUUUUAGUUUUCUUGUUUUUGGGAUGUAUGGACGGUGAGCGCCUAUUGGGGAAGAAAGGUUUCAAUUACCCUUUAAACCAAAAUGCUUUUUAUUUGAUAUUUUCACUUGUUGUUAACAUACAGCACCAAGGAAAGCUCUUACCCAGAAUUCUACACUGAUUGAAAAAAAUGCUCUACAAUCAUUUGGAAAAACAACAGAAAACAAAGCCUUACUUAAUUUCUACAUUUUCUAUGGCUAUGUCUGGAUAUUUUUGAAGGCCGCUAGUAAAAGAUGAAGAUGUGAUACAUGAAGAAAAAUAAGGCAUCAACAGUUGCUCUGCUCUCCAUUACUCGUUUUCCAUUUAAAACAUUGUCCUCUUCUAUCACCUACAUCUCUAGGAACAAUUUGGCUGAUCGCACCACAAUUUUCUUCAUAACUACAAUGAUUGGAAAGUUAUUGAUGAUUGUACUGAAAUCCAAUUCCUGUCUUUUAUGCUCUUGGAUAUCUUCUGAGUCCCCCAAUAGAGGAGAGGGGCUUUUUAGCUUAAGUGUUUGCCUAAUUAGUUUGUUGCUGCUUGGAGAAGCAUGGAAGGAAUGAUCUUGAUGCAUCUUUCUCUUAUUAAUUCCACUGUGACCAAUUAUCUAGUGGUAAAGCAAUGACCCAGUGCACUCCAUGAAUGCCAAUGAAUCUAUCUCUAGUGGAGUGGAACAAAUGGAACAUCUGCCUUCUGCAUUUCACAUAGAGGAACAUUAAUAUCUCAAAACCAAGUAUUUUUGAGCUGUGUUCUGAAGAUAUCUGGCUGUACCUUACCUGUGGACUCCAGGUUUAGACAGUCCCUGCUAGAAGUGCACAUGCACAGUGAUGGGGAAGGCAGUUACUUGAGAAUGCAAGCUGGAUGCCUAUGUGGUGCACCUUGUGCUUGCUUGAGAAAAGGUAACAGCUGCACUUUAGGCAGCUUGUUUACCUUUUAUAGUGGAUAUAUGCUGACACAUGCCUGCCCAGUCAAGCGGAAGAAAGGUCUGGCUGCUGUCAUCUAAAUUUCUGAACGUUAUUCAUGUGUAGGUUAAUCUAGCUAUAGUUUUAAAUUCCAUUGAUUUUACUGAGUCUCUUUGAAGCAUGAUUACUUCAAAUGAAUUAAUUUUCUUGUAGAUGGGAGUUAAUGAAAGUAUUAAAGUAUUAAAGUCAAGUUACCUCCAUGAAAUUCACUGCACCAUUCCCAGAGACUGAGCUAGAACAGAGAGUUAUAACUGAGAGCUGGAUUUUCCAUUGGAGAGAAAUGCUACUUUAAAACUAGGAUUGGGUAAAAUUAAAUCAGCCCUCCAAAGUUGUGAGCAAUCUCAUUGGUCAGGAGGGAUAUUAUGUUUUUAGGCAUCAUGGUUACAGAGAAGCUCAAGUUAAAUCGCAGACUUAAACAUCCAGUUUAAUUAUCAGUGCCAAGUAAAUGUCCAAGUGCUGCUCAAAGCUACUCUGUAAUGUUUUUCAACUGCUGUAGCUUCUAAAAUCAAGGCAUUAAAAAGAGAUUAUCAGAAAUGUGUUUUUACCUGGGGCUGGGCAGAUCCUUAGAGAGAUGCUUUGGAGUGUACAGGAGUGUGUACGAAGUUCUUCUUUUCAAGUCAUUAAAGCAGCAACAUUUCUUCUAACGUCUCCGGCUGCUUCAGAAUUGCAUUUGUGGGCAUGCACACAGACUUAGCAGUGAAGUAGCUAUGCAUGUACAUGAAUAGAGAGACAAUUGCUGCUUCUAAAGAAGCUGUGCAAACCUAGAAAAAUGACAUUGCUGAUUGAAAAGAAGUGCUACAUGUGUGUUCCUGCACACUAAAAAGUGCUCUUUUGAGGGAUUUGCACAGCUCUAAUUUUAAGUUCAUCUUUGCUUGAUAUGUUGUCUGAAAUGUAUUCUUCUUGUAAAAAAGAAAAAAAUAUAUAAAGACUCCUGGAAGUUGUCUUUUCUGUGCAGACAUUUUGAAUUUAAGGCUAAAGGGAAAAUAAAAGGCCUGUAAAUAACUAAAUAAUUUGAGUGGUCAGAUGGGGCCACUUAUUCAUAAACACCCAAGUAAAAUAUUCAAUAUUUUUAAAAUAUUGUUUGGAUAUACUUGCAAGUCUGUUGUAGAAAAUAAAGACUUCCAUAGCAAAAUGUACUUAUUAUACAAGAGGGCUUUUCACAUCAGGAAAUCUUUCAAAAACUAUCAUAAAAAUCUGUAAUAGUAACCUCAGAAAAACUGGAUGUUUUUGUAAGAUGUUUGUACAAAUAUGAUAUUCUGUUGAAAUCCAAGUUCUAUAUUUGGUAAAGUUACAUUUCUGCAAACUGAAUAAUCAUUUUAGGUAAGCCAAUAAUCAGCUUAGGUAAGCCAAUCUUUGUUUAGUGUGAUAAUUUACCUUACUUUGGGGAAGGGUUAAGGUAUCUGCAGAAUUCAAAAGUCCAUUUUUGUGUAGGGCACUGUUUUGUUGAACCUAUUUUGUUUGCUUGUUACAAGUACAAAGUGCAAUACAAAGAUGCUGGCUGGAUUCACAAGCCAGGAUUAAGAAA